ACUUUGUAAAUAAGUGUUAUUUUAGUGCUUUCCUGGGAACUGUUUUCAUUAUUAUAAUCGAAAGAUUCAAUCAGUCUUAGUGGAGAACAAGUUUAUUAAAAGAUUUUUCCAAGCAUGGCCUURGAUCUCACCACAGCUGAUGUAUACCAACAGGCUUCAGUAAUCGGUCAAGACAUAGAAAAGAUUAUUGAUCGAUACGGUCAUGAAGCCGUUCUUGAUCUUAUGCCGAGAGUCGUGCAAGUUCUUGAAGAACUGGAACUUCUCGUUUGUGAAAGGGAAAAAGAAAAGCUUGAGAUUGCAGAAUUAAAGAUGGAAAAUGAACGCCUAUAUUUCGAGAUUAAACGAGAAGCUUGUCAAAGACGUAAGCUCGAAGAGGAACUGUUUCAUGCUYGUAAAGAUGGCGAACUAAAGAGGCUAAAAUCAAUGGUUGAUAAACUUCAAGAAGAGAACAAAAGAUUGAGAAUGGAAUACGAAGUGUCAGCAAAUGAGAGACCAGUCACUACCUAUGUAAGUGCGCCAGGUGAUGCAGAAGUAAUGCAAAAAAUGAAAGAAACUAUUGACACUCAACGGGAUGUAAUACGCAGUAGAAAUCUGGAAAUCGAAAGUCAAAAAGCAGAUGUUGAAGCAAUGGAGGAACAAAUUGAAAGAUUAGCAAACAUUAAUGAAUCUUUGAGGAAAAACCUUGCUGUACAACAGUCAAGAAUGAAUGGACUGGCUAAAGAAAAGGCAGAGCAUGAAGCUGAGUUGAAAAUCCUUAAAUUAGAACUCAGUGAACAAGAAGCAGAGUACCAAGGGGUGGAUGGAGAAAGAAAGUGUUCAGAUGGUGAUGUUGACAGUUUUAUAGAAGAUGAUUUUGCCAAAAUGGAUGUCCAGCUUCAUCAGAAAGCUGAAAAACAUGCUGAGGACCUUCACAAUGGAAAAGAAGUUAGCAAGAGAGAAAAUGUUGCUGACAAGGAAAAAACACUUGAUCAGAACAAUGAAAAUGCAGAGUCUUCGACAAAAACAUUGGAAAGAGAUCCAAACAGACCUCGAUACACUAGAGCAGAAUUUCAAGAAAUACUAGCAGAACGAAACAAAUUUAAAGAAGAAGUAUUUUUUCUUAAAGAAGAUUUGUCUUGCUACAUCUCUGAAGAUGAAAAGAAAGCAGAGAUAAAUCCUGAAAAGAGUCCCAAUACGCAAAGAAAAUGCGAGGAAUCUGGAAUCUCAAAGAUUUUCAGCAUCUUCUCAUCUCGCAAAACCAACACCUUAUGAAGCACAGACUAAUCGGCCGUUGAAUGGAUAUUUUUUAAUGCGGUUACUGGUAAAACUAUAUUAUACAUAAUAAUAGAAUAGAUAACCAAGUGUGGGAAGCAUGCUGAAUUUCAAUUCUUAAAAAGUGUUUCUUAAGAGCAAAUCAUGAUUAAUAUUUUGACGCAUUUGGAAUUAUAUAUUUGUUGUUAGGAUGUUAUGGGAAUCAGAGGUAGAAUGUUCAGACUUUUAGGGGUUCUAUUUGUUGUGUGUGUGUUUUUAACACCAAACAGGUUCGUCGUGCAAUAAUGUUAGGCUAUAUGACCAUGAUCAGUUUUAUAAAUAAAUCAUGUGUAAUGGCC